AUGGGUGCCUGGAAGCCAUUAGGGGCCUGGGUGGUGCCUGCCCUGGCCCUGCGCAACAGGCUUGGAUUCCUGGAAGGAGCCAGUGGCCCUCUCCGGGCCAAGCCCUGUGCCAGGCCUGGCAGCUCCCAGAGGUCCGAGGAGGCGUCCUCCGCCCUGUGGCCUGGAGAGAAGCGGGGCGCGGCGCCAUCAUGCACAGUGCCUCCACCUUGGUCCCCGCAGGAACUGGAGCUGGUGGAGAGCCUGCUGAAGAGCAUGCCGGAGGAGUCUGAGGACUGCUGGGAGGCACGCAGCAUGGGGGCCGGGGGCCCGCGGGGCAGCUCAGGCCGCCAGGAGCGGAGCCGGCUGCCCUGGGAGGACACAGCUACCAUGGAGGAGGAGGCCUCCAAGUUGACUGCCCUGCGGCUACGACUGGAUGAGUCCCAGAAGGUGCUGCUCAAGGAGCGAGAGGAUAAACUGGCAUUGAGCAGGAACAUUGAGAAGCUAGAAGGGGAGCUCAGCCAGUGGAAGAUCAAGUAUGAGGAGCUGAGCAAGACCAAGCAGGAGAUGCUCAAGCAGCUCAGCAUCCUGAAGGAGGCGCACCAGGAUGAGCUGGGCCGCAUGUCUGAGGACCUGGAGGAUGAGCUCGGUGCACGCUCCAGCAUGGACCGGAAGAUGGCCGAGCUGAGGGGCGAGAUGGAGCGGCUGCAGGCCGAAAAUGCCGCGGAGUGGGGCCGCCGGGAGCGGCUAGAGACAGAGAAACUGGGCCUUGAACGGGAGAACAAGAAGCUGCGGGCACAGGUCGGGGACCUGGAGGAGGCGCUGGCCCGGCGGCGGCGGCAGACAGCCAGUGCACUGGACUGUGACCUGAGGGCCAGCCAAGCCGCGCUCUUCGAGAAGAACAAGGAGCUGGCAGACUUGAAGCAUGUGCAUGGCAAGCUGAAGAAGCAGUUCCAGGAGAAGGUGGCAGAGCUGGCACAUGCCAACCGGCGGGUGGAGCAGCACGAGGCCGAGGUGAAGAAGCUGCGGCUGCGGGUGGAGGAGCUCAAGAAGGAGCUGGCCCAGGCUGAGGAUGAGCUGGACGAGGCCCACAACCAGGCACGUAAGCUGCAGCGGUCGCUGGACGAGCAGACGGAGCAGAGUGAGAACCUGCAAGUGCAACUGGAGCACCUGCAGUCCAGGCUCCGCAGGCAGCAGCAGAACGCUCCCCUCUUCGGGAAGAUCCGCAGUGCUCGCUUUGGCACCGAGGAGGCCGGGGAUGGAGCCAGCGACCUGGACGAGGACGAGGACCUGCAAAUCCAGGUGGCCUAGAGCUUCCUGUGGCUGGCAGGAUGGGCUGCCCCACACCUGCCCAGGGUCCAGGCUAACCAGCCACUCAAACUGAUGCAGCGCCUAGGCUCACUCUGGGACCAGUCCCUGCCACAGCCGACUUUCUUCUCUCCCAGGGAUGGUGUCAACAGUCCCACUUACAAACGCCCUGUGGAAAGGAAGCCUAUGUCUCAUAUAUAUAUAUAUAUGUAUGUAUCUCCAGGAGUCUUUGGACCCAUUUGGUUUUAUAAAUACAGGACAGCUCCAAGGCCCAGUCCAGGUGACCUCACCCACCCAGGACUUCAUGCAGGGCUGGGCAUGUUGGGGGAGGUUGUUGGAGCCACAGCCUGGGCUGCCCCUCUAGGCUUCGCUGUUCAUCAUACAAUGCAGUGAACCCAGUUCUUUGUAAUAAAUGAAGUUCAAGUUC